AUGGAUCCUAACGAUCUAAGCAAUUUAGACAAUAAUGCUUUAUUUUAUGGUGCUCCGCGAACCGGUAAAUCAGUUAUGGCCGAAAAGUUAGCUUAUGAGGCUAAUAUUUAUCCUUUGGUAGUGAUUCAAGGCUCAAGCUUGACUCCUAACAAGCCCCAAAAAGAUAACGGAGUUGAUCCUUUGAUAAAAUUUAUCUUUACCAUUAGCAGUAUAACUUAUGAUUUAGCAGAUGAUUAUGGCUUUGAAAGAGCAGAAGAUGGCGAAAUUCGCUACAUACUUUUUUUGGAUGAGGCGGAUCAAGCAUGCACUACCAAUUCUUUGCCACCUAGCCAAGCUUCCACUGAGUUAACUUUUUUAAAAGAAUACAGUAUAAAUAUGGCCAUUUAUCAAGCCGGUAGAUUAAGCAACCCUUUGAGUUUUAAUGAAGAUAAUCAGUUAUAUGAUAGCAAGCAAUUAGAGAACUUUGAAGGCGAAUUUAUUAAUCCUCGAAAAACCGAAAUUGAAGAAAUAUUAACCGGAGUUGAAAAAAAUAUUAUCAGUAGUGCCAACCAAAUAAGUAAAACCAUUGACACUCGCUUAAAUGAAUUAAAGCAAAAAACUGAAGAAAUUAGAUUUGAAAUUGUGGGAUGGGAAGCCAAAGAAGAAACCGAAGCCCUUGAUAGCCCUGCCCAAAUGCCCACCUUAAUAAAUAACUGA